AUGUGCAAGGCGGAGAAAAUUGGCGAGAAUACAUCGCGAAGUGGCCGCACGUUGGCGGCUCCGUACGUCGGCAAGCUGAAGAACGCACGCUUCAACUUGGGUUGUAAGCGCGGUGAUCUAGUUGCGGCGGCCCACGCGCCGAUGGAUGAUAAAGUGGAGAACGGAAACCAGGAGUUUGAUGAAAAUUUAAAGAAGUAUUCCAGGUCUCCGUCGUUUUUUGGAUGGCGCGUGUGGAUGGUCGUUUGUUUCUGUGCGGCAACGUUAUUCCUAUUCCAAACGUAUUGGACUCUCUCAGAAUACUUUCAAUAUCGAACCAUCAUCGAAAUGCAGUUGAGAUUUGAAGCCGCAAAGCUGAUUUUCUAUGGUGCCAAGCGAAUAUUCAGAGAAGUUUCUGGAGAAUUCCAGAACUACAAAUCAGAUCUGCGCUUUAUUUUAGCACCAUUCCCAGCUGCCACCGUGUGCAAUUUGAAUGCAUUCAAAUACAGUGAGCUCACUCAGUAUGCUGACAUCAAAGAAGUGUUUGACUACUGGGAACGAGUGAUUAACGCGAGGGAAAUGAACGAAAUACUACGAAAAGGCAACGAAGGAACGCUACCGCUUGACUUAAGGCAAAAUUUGGCAGGAUCACUUUGUUUCAGAGAACGAGCUGUACUGAACUUCCCAAUAGAAGAGCAUGAGCUGCAGGGAGCCGUCUACCAACCGGUUUUCGUCCGUUGUACAUGCCUCAAUACGGAGCAGUGCGUUCCAAAUAGGAACCCUCUUGAGUGGCGUGCAUCGGUGUGCAUGUGCUUUGAAGACGUCACCAAGGGUCUUAUCUGGCCGUGUUAUCCAACCAAUGUUUGGACAGUUAAGAAGUGCUCUGGGUGCUCGUCAAUCUCGAACACGUGUCCCGAUCCCGACCAUCAUAACGUAAGUGGAGAGGCGGUGGAAUGUCUCUGCCAGAGCAUCUCUCAUCAUUGUAUGAUUCAUCCUAAGGGCGAAAUAAAGUGGUGGAACCCGAAUAAUUACACGACAUUUCCAGCGACAGAUCCACCAGCUGUGUACGCCACGGAAACUGAGCAGGCGUUUGGACUUUUGGAACUACGGGAUAAGGGUGCGAUCACGACCCAAACGAAAGAGAAUCUGAUUUUCCUAGUGGCUGCUUUGCCUCGCGAAACUCGUAGAAAUCUCUCGUACACACUUAACGAGUUCGUACUACGUUGCUCGUUCAAUAGCAAAGACUGCAACAUGGAGCGUGAUUUCAAGCUACAUGUUGAUCCUGAAUACGGUAACUGCUACACGUUCAACUUCAAUGACUCCGUAGAAUUGAAGAAUAGCCGCGCGGGUCCAAUGUAUGGUUUACGACUUCUUUUGGAUGUGCACCAGGACGACUACAUGCCGACCACAGAGGCUGCUGGUGUUCGCAUAGUUGUUCAUGAACAGGAUAAAGAACCGUUCCCAGACACGUUCGGCUACAGCGCUCCCACUGGUUUUGUGUCAUCGUUUGGUUUAAAAACGAAAGUUCUCCACCGCAUGGAUGCCCCAUAUGGGUCAUGUAGCGACACGUUCCGUCCUGAGCGAUAUAUUUACGACGAGCACUAUUCGCCUGAGGGAUGUCAUCGUAAUUGCUUCCAAUUGAAGGUACUGGACGAAUGCGGAUGUGGAGAUCCGCGCUUCCCUUUACCGCCGGAUGAAAAACGCUACUGUAGUGCUAAAAGCGUUACCGAUAGGCAAUGUCUCUCGAACUUGACCAGCCUUUCCGGUGGGUACCAUCACGUUCACCUCGAGUGUGAAUGUCGUCAGCCAUGUACGGAAAAUGUCUUCGAAACUGCUUACUCUGCCGCAGCUUGGCCAUCGGUCAACUUUAAGAUAGGAGUCGACUGUCCAGCCGUCCUGAACAUAUUUAAUGACACCGAAGCCUGUACUGAAUACUAUCGAGUGAACACCGCCUAUAUUGAGAUUUAUUACGAGCAGCUGAAUUUCGAAACGUUGAGGGAGACUGCUGGCUAUACGAUGGUGAAUUUGUUCUCCGAUUUCGGCGGUAACAUCGGCCUGUGGAUUGGAUUUUCUGUAAUCACAAUCUGCGAAAUCAUCGAGCUCAUCUUCGAGAUCGGCUACUAUUUGCUCUACAUAAAGCCCCUGCGGUAUGUUGUAAUUAGUUUCCAGCAGGAAUGCAUUUGUCAACAAUGGGCUAGGAGUAAUGGUUUGACAGCUGCAAGUGGAGUCCGUGGUGAUUAUUGCAAAGUUUUUCUUUGUCCUCAAUAG